CUCGCCCUCCUCGCCAUCCCAAAGUAAUCAUUUGAAUCUUUGAAUCAUCAUGAAGGCGGCUGUAGGUUUUAUGUUAAUAUUUUACUGUAUUUCAUCAACUUUGGGUUCUUACGCCCGUAUGCAUAGCUUACGAUUUUACACAAAUAACACGGUUCCGGUGAAGAUUGAGUGUGAGGAUGGCUCAAAAAUAUAUUUGACUAGUCGCGACAAAGUAGUACAGCUGGCAAAGAUCACUUUGACCACCAGUGGUGUGAGUACUACGCUAGAUAAGCUGCUAAACAGCAUUGACGAAAAUGCAUUUUUGAAAGGAUGGCCUGUGAAUAGUGAUCUAACGAUCUCUACAACAAACUCUGAAAGUGUCACAAAUACGCUCCACGGAGAACUUUUCGUUUCGACGCCAACGAUGGCUAAGGACCCAAACUUUUUGGUUCGAACAGUUCGGGGAUCACAGACUAUCGACAGAAGCACAAACUCAGACACCACCAUCAUGUUCCUUGCCGUUUAUAAUCCAGAUAGGACCGGAAAACCAAACUACGCUCCAUUCAAUCAAGUCGGUGUAUCGAAUAUCGUGCAGCCACGGGGAACGAACAUCUACUUCUACCAGGCAAUGCCAAGUGACUAUUACACAGACGUGACAAAUGUGAACACGACGAGAUGGAACAUUUUCGCGAAUCCGCUGAUGAAUGUUUUCGCCAGCAAUCCCCACAACUCUUUCUUCGAUAAAAUCGAUCCUAUUCAAUUUUCGACGUCCGUGUGGUUCAGGAGUACCGGAGGCUUCAAAUUGGAUGUUUCAGAGGCAUACGUUGACACUAUGUCUAUCAAUUCGACAUCCGUGAGUGUUACCGGCAUGUCCAACAGUCAACUGUUCAGCAACACAAGUUCUGUUAACUUCUUGUCGGCAGGGACAAAUCGGUUAGGGUACAGCGGAUAUAUCCUGAACACCGACAUGUUUGCGACAGUAAAUCUGACGGUUCAACUCUCUGGACAAUCUGGAGCCACUGAUUCAUACACAACAUCAGGCUCUCAAGUGAACGACGAUUUUCAUGAGGUGGAGUGGCCUGCUCAGAGCAUGCAGCUGAUUCCGAGUUCUAUUGAGAUGGGACUCUACUACGUUCAGUACUUCAAUAUGGACACCGGUGCACCGACUACUACUUCGGCAGCACUUUCCUCAACUGCUUCUACUCCAUCAAUUGCUUCUACAGCUACUUCAGCCGCAACGAAUCCUCCAACAACAACAGCAGGGGCCUCGACAAACUCUCCAGCAACAAAUCCGCCAACCACCUCGCGGCCAAUAACUGCCAGUCAAUCAACAACUUCCCAAAAUGUUGAAACAACUACUAAGCUGGGCCUAACUGCCUCGAUAACUGUAUCCAUGAUGAUUACCUUGUUACAUAAUAUUUUGUUUGCUUAAGAAUGGGUGUUUCCUUUUUGUGUUUAUCAUCAUUCGACAUGAGUCACUAAUAAAAUUAUUUGAUUUUUUCUG